AUGGUGGACUUUGCCAAUCAGAACUACAGCAAUCCGAAACUGAGCUUCUUACAAAUGAAUAUUUCCUGUGAAAAUCUGCCCAUUGAUUUCGAAAAUCAAUUUGACCACAUUUUCUCUUUCUACUGUCUGCACUGGGUUCAAAAUCAAAGUGUUGAUUCGUCAUACAAAGAAUCCAUUGUAUACCCUCUUGCAACAGUUGAUAAUACAGGAAGGGUUGUAAUGAUGAAUGGUGGUAUUUUUUCCUCGUUUUGCAAAAUCGACGUCAGUUAUUUUCCAUUUGAUGUGCAAACAUGCACAUUAAAUUGGGCAUCUUGGACAUACACCAUUGAUAAGGUCGAUUUAAUCCUUGAAGAAAAUGAAAUAUCAACUUUCAGUCCAGAAGACAAUGGUGAAUUCGAUUUGCUGAGUUUCUCUUCAAGAAAAUCUAUUUUUAUUACAGCAACUUAUAAAAGAUCGAUUCCGUACAUACAAUGCGUUUACUCGUCUUUUGCGUACCUUGCCGUUCAAAUGAAAAAGUAA